AUGGCUAGUUCAGCUGAUGGCCAUGGUCUCCCUACCCCUGGACUUCUGGUGCUAGUUUCUGAGCAUGAUAGGUACCUGGUCCAGCGGAUGGGAGAGGCUCUCAUCCUGGCCUUGGAGGCCUCAGCCCUCCUUAGCUCCUCUAGGCCCACAGUCCUCGGGGAGCAUCGGGGAGCCCUGCAGUCAGCACUCAGCGCCAACCAGUGUCACCGGCGGGGAAUCCGGCCCCCCAUGCUUCCUCCUUCCUCCUCCUCCCGGCGGCCUGCCGGGCCCCUCCUCCCGGCUCGCGCGCUCCCUCCCUCCUCUUCCCCUCCCCGGGCCACCGCCUCCUCGCCUCCUCCUCCUCCUCCUCCUCCCUUUCUGUCUCGGUCUGUCUCUCCCGGCCCGGAAUCCAUUCCGGCCAGGGAGCCGGAGCGGCCAGGCCGCCGUCUGUCCGACCCUCUGGCGGUCCGGCGGUCCGCCCUCGCGUGCGUCCGUCCGCCGGUGCGCCCGCCCGCCUGCCCAGGUGAGUGCCCCGUCUCUCCGCAGGCCUCGGGUCCCGGCCGGCGGGGGAUGUCCGCGCCCUGGGACCAUCCCGGCGUCGGAUCGCCGGGCCGCGGGGCGCCUGCCCACCCUCCAUCUCCGCCCGCCUCCCCCCAGGCCCGGCCGCGAUACCCGAGCGCACGGCGGGCGCACGGGGACGUGCCCGGCGCGGCCUUUUGUUAUGAUGCCGCGGGGGGGAGGGGGCCGGGCGGGGGGCGCCGGGGUCCUGGCCGCGCAGGGAUCCCUUUCGACUCACCCUCUCCCCGCCAGCCCUCCAGAGAAGCAGGCGAGUGGGGCCUGAGCCUCCCGGCCAGGUCUAGGCCAAAUCUGAAAUCUGAGCCAGGCGGCGCCGCCUCCGGCCCGGCUGCCCCGGCCUGGAGCCCCCCUACCCCAGGGUGGGAGGUGAGGUGGGGGGCGGGCGGGGCGGGCGCGGGAGGAGUGACCGGGGAGGGGGUCCCGGGCCCUGGGUGCCGGGAGCCAGGACCUCCUGGUCCUCGUGGGGCCUCUGGUCAGGCCUGGCGCCGCUGGCCUGGAAGGGGCUGGGCCAGGCCGGGGCUGGUCCCUGCUGCCCACAGCCCCCAGCCUCCAGCCUCACCCCUGGGCAGGCCCAGCAGCCCACUGGCUCAGAAGUUGGCAAAAGUUUUGGGUGCCUGCUGCCUGACAGGUCUACCUGUCUGCCUGGGCUAG